AUGGUACAGAAAAGUAGUAUGUCCAGGACGCCUUCAACCUCAACCCAGGAGAUCCAAAUGGACAUGUUCGACCAUCAUCCACACGCACAGGGAAAACAUGGCAAGAGGAAAAGCCGCUUUAAGCGAUCUGAUGGAAGCACCUCCUCUGACACCACCUCCAACAGUUUUGUCCGGCAGGGCUCUGCAGACUCCUACACCAGCCGGCCAUCGGACUCGGAUGUGUCCCUGGAGGAGGACCCAGAAGCUCUGAGGAAGGAAGCCGACAGACAGGCCCUUGCCACACUUGAGAAAGCCAAGACUAAACCUGUGGCAUUUGCUGUACGGACAAAUGUGGGUUACAACUCUGGCCCCAACGAUGACGUUCCUGUGCAAGGCAUGGCCAUAUCCUUUGAAGCUAAAGACUUCUUGCACAUCAAAGAGAAGUACAAUAAUGACUGGUGGAUUGGGCGCCUGGUGAAGGAGGGCUGUGAGGUGGGCUUCAUUCCCAGCCCUGUCAAACUGGAGAACACUCGUCUUCUGCAGGAGCAGAGGAUGAGGCAGAACCGACUCAGUUCCAGUAAAUCUGGAGGAAGUUCUAGUUUGGACGUUGCAACAGGAACCCGCAGGCCCACCCCACCAGGCACAGCUCAUGUGGACAUGUCCACGGUAUCAUUUGACGUUGACCCCCUCGACCUGGAUGCUGAGGAGCCCCCUGAGUCCCAGGGUGACCCUCACUCCCCCAAGGGCACGUCAGGCAGCGUUACAUCCCCCCAGGCCAACGCUCACCGACUGCCCUUCUUUAAGAAGAUGGAGCAUGUCCCCCCCUAUGACGUGGUUCCUUCCAUGAGGCCCAUCAUUCUAGUAGGGCCUUCACUCAAGGGCUAUGAGGUGACAGACAUGAUGCAGAAGGCACUCUUUGACUUUCUCAAACACAAAUUUGAAGGCAGGAUAUCCAUCACACGGGUGACCGCAGACAUCUCCCUGGCCAAACGUUCAGUCCUCAACAACCCCAGUAAACACACCAUCAUUGAGCGCUCCAGCACUCGCUCAAGCCUAGACGUACUGGCGGAGGUGCAGAGUGAGAUAGAGCGGAUCUUUGAGCUGGCCCGUACCUUGCAGCUGGUUGCCCUGGAUGCAGAUACCAUCAACCACCCCUCACAGCUGGCAAAGACAUCUCUGGCUCCUAUCAUCGUCUACAUCAAAAUAGCCUCACCUAAGGUCCUCCAAAGGCUCAUCAAGUCCAGAGGGAAGUCCCAAGCCAAGCACCUGAAUGUGCAGAUGGUGGCAGCAGACAAGCUGGCACAGUGCCCUCCUGAGCUGUUUGACAUCAUCCUGGAUGAAAAUCAGCUAGAGGAUGCUUGUGAACACCUAGCUGACUACUUGGAGGCCUACUGGAAGGCCACACACCCCCCAAGUAGCAACCCCCCCAAUCCCCUGCUCAACCGCACCAUGGCCACUGCUGCACUGGCUGCCUCCCCUGAGCCCGUCUCCAACCUGCAGGGGCCUUACCUGGUACACGGAGAGCAGAAGCAGGAAGGGCCACUGACAGAGUGCAGUGGAAGUGAGAGUUUCCAUGACUACCCGCCGGACCGAGGUGGGAAACAACAGCAGCAGCAGCAGCAGCAGCAGACAUAUCAGUGCUCUUCUCGCAGCCAAUUACGGGGAGGGAAUGGGCGGGGCCUGUCAUGGCAAGAUACCUUUGAUUCUGAGACGCAGGGUAGCCGCGACUCGGCCUACACAGAGGCCGGUGACUCCUGUAUGGACAUUGAAAUCGAUCCCUAUGAAGAGCCUGAGCCCUACAGAGGGGAUGGGGGCAGCCACCUCCACCUUGCUCAGCAUCAUGGCCGACAGGCUUCCUGGGAAGAUGAGGGUGCCGAGCCAGACCAGGAAAACCUGAACCAUCCUUCGAUGCCAAGCCAGAUGCAGUCACUGCAUGGAUGUGCCAAGCUGAGAGAGCAUUACUGCCAGGAUCCUGUGGAAACAGGGGUCAACAUUAGCCACAACAAGAAUCGGGAUGACUGGGGGGAGGGUGUCUAUAUUCGCUAA